AUGUUAAACUAAAAUAUUAAAUCUGUUACAUCGCGAUAGGAAGUUAAACCAAUCAAAGCCAAUAUCACAAGAGAAUAAUUUCAAACCCUAACCAAUCUCUAUUCCAUAGGCAAAGGAAAGAAUAUUGAACGAGAUCGAAAUCACUAAUAGCCACAACCCUCUAACUAAUAACAAACCAUCACACCCAGAAAUAAUACACCAUAAUCAUGUAGAACUGCAUAAGAAAUGAAAUAUUUUUUGUAUUAAAAAAACAAUCUGAAAGAACAAGCAAAGAUGUAAAAUAAUUCAUAAGUAUUGCCUAAAACGAAAAAUAGUUUGCAUCGUAAUUUUUCAUAAUUGGAAAAGUCGGCUAGUGCCUUACUUACACCUAUCAUUUAAACAACCACAACCCCUUAAUCUAAAUAGAAGAAAUAUAAUCUAAUGUCAAUCGAUCAAAGAUUUCCAUCUAAUAAAUUUGCUUAAUAAAUUGCAUAACAAUUGAAAGGAAAGAAAGAUAACAACAAGAAAGAUAAUCUAAAAGUUAGCUUAGAUGAUUUCAUCACUCAAGUGAGUAGACCAAACAAAAAGCUCAUCUCCCCUUUCAAAUAAACUAAGUCUUUAUCUCCAUCCACUAGAGUUGAAUCAGCCAAGCCCAGAAAAUAAAUAUAUUAUAUCACUUCGCUCGUUGAAGCGUUUAAACAUUAAUAUCCUCAAACAUCUGAGCAAUAAUUAUUCAGAGAUCAUGCAGUUCAAACAUUCAAUUGUGUUGGCUUCUGCAUGAAUCUCAAAGAAUCAGAUCAAUAAAUAAUUCAAUCUAAAAUAUUAAAUUUGCCUCCCAAAUUGAAUUGCAAAUAUUAAAAAACAGUUGUUUUUGAUCUUGAUGAAACAUUGAUUCAUUGCAAUGAAAAUUAAUCACUCAAGGCUGAUGUAUAUAUACCUAUAACAUUCCCCUCAGGUGAUACAGUCUCAGCAGGUAUCAAUAUUAGACCUUAUGCUAAAUGGAUACUUUAAGAAUUAAGUUAAAUAUGUGAAGUGGUUGUCUUCACAGCAUCUCAUUAAUGUUAUGCUAGUUAAGUCAUUUAAUAACUAGAUCCUAAAAAUCAAUUACUUUCAGCUUAACUAUUUAGAGACAAUUGUGUUUUAUCACCUGAUGGAGUGCACAUAAAGGAUCUGAAGAUUUUUAAUAGAGAUCUUAAAGAUAUUGUAUUGGUUGACAAUGCUGCCUAUUCAUUUGGAGUCCAUCUAGAAAAUGGCAUUCCAAUUAUCCCCUAUUAUGAGAAUAAGGAUGAUAAAGAGUUGAAGACUUUAUAUGACUUUUUAGUUGAAUAAGUAUUGCCAGCACCUGAUUGCAGAUUGGUCUUACAAUCCACAUUUAGAUUAAGAGAAUAUUUAAAAUAUAACGAACCUAGACUGGCUAUUGAAAAGCUAUUCUGA